UGUAUCCAACACAAGAACACGUGUUCAUCCCUCCCCCACUUCCCAUCUCCACCUCCACCCUCUCAGAGAAGUUUCUCUUAUUUGUCGGGGCUGGAGAUAGAGUUUGAGAGCUGGAGGCGCGCAGUGUGCAGGAACCGAGAAUAGUGAAGACGAACAGAAUCAGAUAACAAAGCUUGCCAGCCGCCAGGAUCAGCAGAGGCGGUGAGUUAAACUUGGAUAGGAUCCUUAGGGCGUCUACCAACUAUCAUCUUAUCAAAUUUGGUGCAAUACACCUGGGGAAACAGGAGUGGAUGAAGGUGGAGGAAGCGGAGGGUACCAACGCACCAAAUGCUAGACUGCGCCAAGCCAAUCUGAGAUUACAAAUUACUCGCAUCCAUAUUUCUCCACACUUUACAGCCUUGGCUGAGUGAGUCAUUUUUUUACUAGUUAUGCGGGUUUGGAGAAGACAAGGAGAUCUGCAUCGCUCCAUCCCAAGAUCAACGCGCUGCUAUUGACAGUAAGCCCUAAAAAUAACUUUUUUUGAAAUUAUCUGCCCAGAAAUGCGGGACACUGGUGUACCUGAAGUGUGAAGAAAACCGAGAACAGUUUGUCAGGAACAAGCACGCAAAGCAUUCUCGUAUAUCUGGGACAACUUUAGCCGUGAAGGAUGUCAGCGUUGCGGAAAAAAUUUGGGGAUGAUUAUCAAGUGGUGACCACUUCGUCCAGCGGCGGCGGGUUCAACCAGGCGGCCCCCGAGAAGAAAAGGAAACGCCAGCGCUUUGUGGACAAGAACGGCCGCUGUAACGUCCAGCACGGGAACCUGGGAGGAGAAACCAGCCGGUACCUGUCGGACCUGUUCACCACGCUCGUGGACCUCAAAUGGCGCUGGAAUCUAUUCAUCUUCAUCCUUACCUACACGGUGGCGUGGCUCUUCAUGGCUUCAAUGUGGUGGGUCAUUGCCUUUAUACGUGGAGACCUGAACCAAGCCCAUGAUGACAAGUACACACCGUGCGUGGCCAAUGUGCAUAACUUUCCUUCCGCUUUUCUGUUCUUCAUCGAAACUGAGGCUACUAUCGGAUACGGUUACCGCUACAUUACAGACAAGUGUCCGGAAGGCAUCAUUCUCUUUCUCUUCCAGUCCAUCCUGGGCUCUAUAGUAGACGCUUUUCUGAUCGGUUGCAUGUUCAUCAAGAUGUCCCAGCCGAAGAAACGCGCAGAGACGCUGAUGUUCAGCGAGCACGCGGCUAUUUCCAUGCGUGACGGCAAGCUGACCCUGAUGUUCCGAGUGGGGAACCUGCGGAACAGCCAUAUGGUCUCCGCGCAAAUACGCUGCAAACUACUCAAAUCCCGCCAGACUCCUGAAGGUGAGUUUUUGCCUCUGGAUCAACUUGAGCUGGACGUAGGUUUCAGUACAGGAGCCGACCAGCUUUUCUUAGUGUCCCCUCUGACGAUCUGCCAUGUGAUCGACUCCAAGAGCCCAUUCUACGACCUCUCGCUCAGGUCAAUGCAAACAGAGCAAUUUGAGAUUGUGGUUAUCUUAGAGGGGAUCGUGGAGACCACCGGUAUGACAUGCCAGGCUCGUACAUCGUACACAGAGGAUGAGGUUCUGUGGGGUCACCGAUUCUUCCCGGUAAUUUCCCUGGAGGAGGGUUUCUUCAAGGUCGACUAUUCGCAGUUUCAUGGCACUUUUGAGGUUCCCACACCUCCACACAGCGUUAAAGAACAAGAGGAAAGUUUGCUCCUGUCCUCGCCUCUGACGGCGCCCUCUCUGUGCCACAGCGCAGGUGGGGUGACGGAGGGCAGCAGCACUCUUGAAGGUCUGGAACUUCAGAGCGAUGCAGAAACUGGCUCCAUCAAUAUAACAACCCCCAUGCCAACCACCAAAAUGCCUGCCAAACUUCAGAAGCUUACGGGACGGGAGGCCCCCAUCCGGGACGGAAUGCCCCGCAAGCUUCUGCGCAUGAGUUCGGAGAUCACCUACAAUCUGGGUGACCUGCCCGUCAAACUCCAGCGAAUCAGCUCGGCUCCGGGCGUGGCAGAAGAGAGGCUUCAGCCAAUCAGUGCUGGGCUGAGCCUCAAUGAGGACAGACUGGCUCCCAAGCUGGGCUUGGUGGGCGGGGCUGAACACAUCAGCCAAUCAGUGACAGAUCUGCCGCCGAAACUGCAAAGGUUGGCUGGAGGGGUCGGGGUGGGUGGAGUCGGAAUCGGAGGACGAAUGGAUGGUCAUCUGCCUCCCAAACUGAGAAAAAUGAAUUCGGAGAGGUUCACGGGCUUGAGUUUAAAAUGAACUGAUUUCUAUAUAUGUAUACACGUUUUGCCCAUUUACCUCCUCUGAAAUUGAAAUUGAGUAAAAGGGACAA